AUGCAGGCGACUUCCGAAAGGCCAGCUCAAUCCCAUCCAGAUAAUCAUGAUCAACUAUCUCUCACCAGCUUCGCUGACGAGGAGGUCCCUCCUCUCUCGGCGGUCUCGAUCGUCGAGCCUCCGCCAGACCCUUCGACGACUGCUGCCCACAGCACGGCCUCCAACCCUCACCGUCAGUAUCCUCCUACCGACUCUGCAGGCGAAUACACCUUCCCGGACGGCGGCACGCAGUCCUGGCUGGCCGUUCUGGGCUCGUUCUUUCUGCUGAUGGCGUCGUACGGGCUCAUGAACACCCUCGGCGUGCUGCAGUCGUAUCUCGCCUCGAACCAGCUCGCGCACUACUCCACCAGCGAGGUCGGCUGGAUCCCGGGCCUGUUCGUCUUCUUGGGCCUCAGCCUGGGCGUGCAGGUGGGCCCCAUCUUCGACCGCUACGGGCCCAGGGGCAUCGUCCUCUGCGGCUCGUGCUGCUACGUCGCCAGCCUCUUCCUGCUCGCCGAGUGUCGGCUGUACUGGCAGUUUCUGCUCUGCCUGGGCGUGCUGGGCGGCAUUGGAGCGGCCCUGCUGAGCACGGCCGCCAUGGCCGUCGUGCCGCAGUGGUUUCAGCGCAGAGUCGGGCUGGCCAUGGGGAUUGCCAUGGCCGGAUCAGGCGUGGGCGGCACCAUCUUCCCCUUUGUGCUCCGCGCUGGUUUCGCCCGCUGGGGGUUCAAAUGGGGCAUCCGGCUGCUGGCGUUCCUGGUGACGGGCAUGUGUGUCCUGGGCUCGCUCUUCGUCAAGUCCCGUCUGCCGCCAGGCAAGGCAAAGGCGGCCGUGGAUUUGAAAUGCUUCCGUGAUUCGCGAUUCACGUGGUUGGCCAUUGGGACUUUCAGUCUUGAGCUCGAGCUUUUUGCCGGGUUGGGUCUGUAUCCGACCUAUAUCCUCAUGCAGGGGUUCAGCUCGAAUACCAGCGUGACUCUUCUUGCUGUUCUAAACAUAGGCUCCUGCUUCGGGCGCUUCUUCGCCGGCGCAAUCGCCGACCAUUUCGGCCGGCUGAACACGCAGACGGCGCUGAUCGCAGUCGGCGCAACGGCCAUCUUCGCCAUCUGGCUGCCCUUCGGACACUCGCUGCCCGGUCUGUACAUCUUCAGCGCGCUCUUCGGUCUCGCGUCGGGGUCGUUCGUGAGCCUGGCGCCCGUCUGUAUUGGGCAGAUCUCCAAGGCAAGUGAGAUUGGCAAGAGGUUUGGGACCUGUUACUCAUUGAACCCUCAUCUGCAUCCCCAUCGGCGGAGAAAUGCUCGAGAAGGUGGGCAAGAACGCCAUGGUCACUUUCCUGGGCAGCGUCCUGGUCCUGGCUUUGUUGAUGUUCUUCAUGGCGAGAUGGGCCUGUUUGAGCUAUCGGUGGAGGUGGCGCACGAAGAUCUAGUCGUUAAACAAGAAAGAAAAUAG